AUGGACCCGACGGGCUCUGGCGGAUUCGCAAACCGACAACCCUCAGACUUCUCAUUCUUCGUCCGACCUCAAGCCUCGAGCACAGACAUACGGGAGCGGCGCGGCAAGGAUUCCAUCUUUCGAGAUCCGACGCACGAUUUCCUCAUCGACUUUGGUUCGGAGGAAGGUUUCAUGCAGGCGGCAAAGAAGAAAAAGAAGGCCCCUGCCAAGGCUCCGACGAACAAUAGUAAUGAUGACGACGCUAAGAAGGACGAUGAAGGCGCCGGAGACGGAGGUGACCAGGGAGGCGAAGCGCCCAAGGACGAUGGUGGUGCGGCUGGCGAUGGCGACGGCGGUGACAAGGACAAGGACAAGCCAACACCGCCUGCCGAAGAACCGCCCCCAGAAGACGACGGUUGGGGUUUUGCGGCCACAAAGACCAAGAAGAAAACCAAGAAGGGCAUUGCCGAUGAUGCCCCGUCGAUUCCCAUGGACUCCUUCCAAGACAUCAAACUAGACGAUCACGGAGGUGGCGGCAACGGCGGCGGACUUGAUCUAAAUUUUGGUACAACGAACAGUAAUACCAACAGCAACAGCAAUAGCAACGGCAACGGCAACGGCAACAAACCAGGAGGUCUUGGCGGCUUGGGUGUUGGUGGAGGACUGGGUACGUGGGGCGCCGGACUUGCCAGCUCUUGGGGUCUGAAUUGGGGGAGUAAAAGCCCGGUUUCAGCGGUCUCUACUGAAAAGGAAGACGCAAACCCUUGGGGCCUCAGCACUGCAAAACCAAAGAAGAAGCUGAAUAGUCUGGGAUUCAGUUUUGGCGACGAGAAGGCCGAGCCCGAGCCAACACCUCCCCCGCCUGCCCCCGAACCUGAGAGGAAGGAGGAGGAGGACCCAUGGGGCUCUUUUGCGACUUCUAAGAAGGAUAAGAAGACGAAGAAGAAGACCAAUAUCUGGGAUCCUUUACCAGAAGAAAAGAAGGAAGAACCACCAGCCGACGAUCCAUGGGGAUGGGGCACUACAGGUAAGAAGAAGGGCAAGGCCGACCCGGAGCCACCAAAGGAACCAGAACCAGAACCAGAGCCAGAGAAGAAGGACGACCCUUGGGCACUUUCAACUCCUCUUUCCAAGACGGAAAAGAAGAAGAAGAAGAAAGGCCUACUUCUUGACCCAGAACCGGAACCGGUUCCGGAUCCUCCCAAGCAAGAUGACAUAUGGGACUCCUGGGGCAUGAAUAAUAAAAAGGCAAAGGAGGAGCCUGAACCACCACAGUUCAUCCCUGAACCUGCUCCAGAUCCUCCUCCAGCGGCGGCAGCUGACCCAUGGAGCUGGGGGACGCCACCAAGCAAGACGGACAAAAAGAAGAAGAAGAAAGGUCUGCUUGCUGAGCCAGAGCCCGAACCAGAGCCCGAACCAGAGCCAGAGCCAGAACCGGUACCGGAGCCCGAGCCAGAACCUCCAAAGGUGGAAGAAGACCCAUUUGCUGGCUUAUCAAAAACGCAGAAGAAGAAGAAGAAGGCCGAGAUGGCGGCAGCAGCACUGGCCGCGGAACAAGCCGCUGCUGACGCCGCCGAGGCCGAGGCUGCGAAAGAACCAGAUCCAAUUCCGGAACCGGAGCCGGAGCCAGCGCCGGAACCCGACCCAGUUGAUGAUACCGGAUGGGGCAUCGCCACAAAGAGCAAGAAAAAGAAGAAAGGGAAGAGUGAACCUGAGCCCGAACCCGAACCCUUGCCUCCACCACCACCUCCAGCUCCUGAGCCCGAGCCAGAACCGGAGAAGAAAAACGAUCCCUGGAGUUUCGCGAGCUUGUCAAAGACCGACAAAAAGAAGAAGAAGGGCCUUCUUGCCGAGCCGGAACCCCCUCCAGAGCCUGAACCGGAGCCUGAACCGGAACCUGUGCCUGAGCCUGAACCAGAGCCGGAGAAGAAGGACGACCCUUGGAGCUUCGCUGGGUUAUCUAAGACUGAUAAGAAGAAGAAGAAAAAGGGACUUCUUGCCGAUCCAGAGCCGCCAAAGGAACCGGAACCUGAGCCUGAACCCGAGCCUGAACCCGAGCCCGAACCCGAAAAACCAGCAGAAGACGACUUCUGGGCUAGCAUAACCACCAAGAAAGACAAGAAGAAGAAGAAGGGCAAGCUUGCGGAACCUGAACCGGAACCUGUUCCCGAGCCAGCUCCUGACCCACCUACUCCUGAACCAGAGGCAGAGCCGGAGCCGGAGCCAGAGCCCGCUGUUGAGGACGACUGGGGCUUUGGCCUUUCUAAGAAGGAUAAGAAAAAGAAGAAAGCUGCAGAAGCUGAGGCAGAGCCCGAGUCAGCCAAGAGCGAGAAGAAGGACGAUGACGAUUUCUUCACCGGUCUUGACUCUAAGAAGGACAAGAAGAAGAAGAAAGAGGCCGAGGAAAAAGCGUCAGACUCCUGGGGCAUCUGGGGCUCUUCUAAGAAAGAUAAGGAAAAGGAAAAGGAGAAGGAUAAAGAGAAAGAGAAGGAUAAAGAGAAGAAGAAGAAGAGCAAAGAAGUUACACCCGCAGAAGAGCCUCCGGCCGAGGAUGACUGGGCCGAUUGGGGCCAGAAGAAGGACAAAAAGAAGAAGAAGAAGGACGAUGCCAUGGCCCUGGUUCAACUUGAGGAAGACGAGCCAACCCCCGCAGAAGAGGCACCUCCUGCUGUUCCCGAUGUUUCUGAUCCGCUCGAAGACACUGGUGGCGACGGCUUCUUCAGCUCUUGGAUGACUGGUGGUAAGAAAGACAAGAAGAAGAAGGGUGACGCUGAAAUCGAGGCCUCCAUGAAACCGGACGCUAUUGAGGAGCCGGUGGACGAUAUCUGGGGCACGUCGUCCAAGAAGAAGAAGAAGAAGGACAAGUCUAACAACGAGCCCGUGGAAGUCAUGGACGAAGAGCCAAGCCUGGAUUUUAUGCAGCCAGAUUCCGUCGAGGAAACCAAGGAUAAAGGCGACGACGAUGACUGGGCCGCCUGGGGUUCCUCGAAGAAGAAGAACAAGAACCGUAAGGACAGACUUGCCGACCCUCCACCGCCAGCUCCUACCCCUCCCACAAUGGACCUGACUGAGCCUGAAGCAGAACCAGAACCAGACAAAUCCAGCUUCUGGGGUGACUUGACUUCAUCCAAGUCCAAGUCUAAGGACAAAGAAAAGGACAAGGACAAGGAGAAGCCCAAGAAAGAGCCCAAGCUGAGCGAGAAGGAGCUGAAGAAGCUUGAAAAGGAGAAGAAGAAGGCCGAGAAGGAGGAGGCCGCGCGGAAGGCGAGAGAAGAGGAAGAAGCCGCCGAGCAAGCCGCCAGGGAAGAGGAGGAGCGCCUUGCUCAAGAAGCGGAAGAGGCCGCCGCUGCCGAAGCUGCCGAGAAAGCCCGGAUUGAGGAAGAAGAAGCUGCCGAGAAAGCUCGCAUUGAGGAGGAGGAAGCCGAGAAAGCUGCGGCGGAGGCGGCAAGGAUCGCCGAAGAAGAAGACCUUUUUGCGGCUCUGGAGGCUAAGAAGCUCAAAAAGGGCAAAUUGACGAAAAAAGAUCAAGCAGCCUACGAUCGGUUGAAGGAGGCCAUCGACCAACGGAAUGCGGACCAAGCGGCCGCGGAAGCGGAAGCUGCAGCUGCCGCAGAAGCUGAAGAGGCUGCCCGCAUCGAGGAGGAAGAGCGCCUAGCUCAAGAGGCUGAAGAGCAAGCCGCCAGGGAGGCCGAGGAAGCCGCGGCUAAGGAGGCCGAGGAAGAGGCAGCCCGAGAGCGAGAGGAGGCCGAGGAAGCGGCCAAGAAGUCCAAGAAGAGUUCCAAGUCGGAGAAGGAAUCCAAGUCCAAGUCCAAGUCUAGGGAAAAGGAGAAGGAGAAAGAGAGGGAGAGGGAGAGGGAAAGGGAGAAAGAGAAAGAGAGGGAAAAGAAGGAUAAGAAGGACAAAAAGAAGGAUAAGAAAGACAAGAAGGAUAAGGACAAGGAAAAGGCAAAGGUAGAAGAAGAGGAAGUUGAGCAGGAGGAGGAGGAGCCUGAAGAUGUCAUCGACGACAUCGACAAGGACGACGAGCUUGGCGACAUUGAACUCACCGAGGAGCAAGUGGAGGAGCUUCUGGCCGAUGCCGAACCCGCUUCACCACCUCCGCCUCCGGUAUCACCGCCAAUUCUGCAACCCAAGGCUGCCUUCGAUGCCUUCAGUUUCUGGGGACUUGGCGGCAAGAAAGCGUCCAAAAAUGAAGGUGCGAGCAACGAUUGGAAUGACAACAACACGUCUUCCGCCAUAAGCAACGACGCCUCGACCUGGAUGCAACCGUCUACGGCUCGUAAGGCUAAGGGAAGCAAGAUCGCUGACAGAUUGAAAGCAUUCGAAGCCAAACCGCCAUCGCCGCCGCCAGAAGAACCAGAGGACGAGCCGGAACCAAUUGUCGAAGAAGAGCCUGAGCCGGAGCCGGAGCCGGAACCAGAGCCGGAACCCGAACCAGAACCGGAGCCAGUCCCUCCGCCUCCGCUGACGAAGGAGGAAAGAAAGCGACUGAGGAAGGAGAAGAAGCGCCUCGAAGCUGAAGCAGCAGCCGCACCACCACCUCCGCCGCCGCCGCCGCCUGAACCUGAACCAGAUCCUGAAGCUGAGGAACCGGUCGUAGUUGACGCUGACGCUGACGAGAACAAGUCCUCAGAACCUCCUGGCGCGUUUCCUGCCGAAGAGGACGAGAACGAAAUCAUUGAGGUAAUUGAGGCGCCGCCUGUGGAGAAGAAAAAGAAGAAGAAGAAGAACAAGGACAAGUACCUUCUCGCCGAGGAUAUACCCCCGCCUCCGGCGCCGCCACCUCCUCCUGCAGUGCCCGAAGCGCCUCCUGUCGACGAGCCGGAAGAGCCUCAAGAUCCUGAAGUGGUUGAAGACCCCGAAGUGGAAGAGCCUGAAGAACAGCCUCCUGCCGAGGAGAUCGAGGUUGUUUCUCCUCCUGAGCCAAAAUCUUCCAGGAAAGACCGAACCAAGAUUAGCCGCGAGGGUUCCGGUUCGUGGGGCACGUGGGCGGCUUCCAACUCUCGUGACAAGGACGGAGACCGGGACCGAGAUCGUGAUCGUGAUCGUGACCGUGACCGUGAUCGCGACAGGGAAAGGAAGUCCAAGUCCGAGAGGCGGGAGAGAAAACACGCUUCUGCGGAAAAACAGGGGACCAAGAGCUCUUCCAAGGGCUCGAGCUCCGAUAAGGCCGACCGUUCCGUCGAAGCGCCGGCGCCAGCACGGCCGAAGCUGACGUCCAUGUUUAGCACGCCACCCAUUUCUCGCUCAACCUCCACUCGGGAUCGGCGGCUUGGGUCCGGACAUCCGUCGCGUCGACACUCGGUUGAUGCCAGUGGCUUGAUGUCCCCGCCUCCAGAGGAAGCGCCCCCGAUGUCCUCCAAGGCGGCCAAAGUGCUCGGCGUCGAUAAAUCCAGCAGUCGGCGUCGCAGGCGCGACGAAGACGUUGUCAUGAUGGGAGCAAAUGGGGAUGGGGAAGACAUCAGCCCCCCAAAGUCCUCCCGCCGACGUCAAAGAUAUCCUGAUGAUUUCGCGACGCCCGAUGUUCCUGAGCCGCCACCCAUGAAGCGAUCCAGCUCAAGUGCCAAGAAGGGCCUUGGUGGUCUGUUCGGCCUAAGAACACCCAAGCCGGACCGCCCAGAGCCACCGCGCAGGCGACAUACAUAUGCAACCGACGAUGACACCAGACGGCAGCACCGCCGCAAGGGGUCCGCUGCUGACGCUGAAGAGGCGGAAGCCGUAGCAAUGACGGACAUGGACCAGGAGGCGCGUCGCGCUGCUCGUCGCGCCCGCCGUGCCGCACGGGAAGCUGAGGCUGCUGGUAUUGUCGAGCAAGAUGAGGAUGAGGCUCGACGUGCCAAAGACGAGGCAAGACGUGAGCGUCGUCGUCGGCGAGAAGAAGAUGACGCGGAAGCUCGCCGCCGCGAUGAAAAGGAAGCCAGACGCGCAGAGCGCCGCGCAGCACGCCAGCGCGAAGAGGAAGAGCGCAGAGCUGCGGAUGACCGCGAGGCUGAGCGAGCUGAGCGACGACGUCGUCGCAAAGAACGUGAGGCUGCCGCCGCUGCAGAGGCAGACGCGGAGGCCAGGAGAGCGGCCCGAGAAGAACGCCGCCGUGCCCGCGAGGAGCGCGACGCGGCAGCGAUCGACGAAGACGAGGCCCGAAGAAUCAGGCGGGAAGAACGACGUGCUGCUCGCGCCGCCGCGGAGACGGAUGGCGAAGAAGUCCGCCAUCGCGGUAGUCGCAGGCGGUCCACCCGAGAAUCCGGUGACGAAGGCCUCGCCUCGUCCCGCCAUAGAUACAGGCGUGACGAGGAAAUGAAGCCCGCCUGGCCUCAUUCCGGUACCUCAUCGUGGGUCAAGGAGCAUACCGAUGCAGGCCCUCCCCCGGAAGACGGUGGUCAGGCGGAGGCCAUCCCGAUGACAGAGGACGAGAUGCGCCGCGAGCGACGAGAACGCCGUCGUCGGGCCCGGUACGAAGAAGGUACCGCCGACGAGGCUGACGAUCGCCGCCGCAAAGCCCGUCGUGAAGAGCGUGAGCGGCGAUAUGCUGGCGGCGGCGGCAGCGGCGGUGCCGGCGGCGGCUCCGAAGGUAGUGAUGAGCGCCGUCGGCAGGCCAUGUUCUCCGAUGCCACGCCCCGCAGCAGUUGGUGGCGGAAGUGGACUGGAUGA